AUGGACACCGAGCACGCCGCAUAUGCGAUCGCCUGCGACCGCCUCCGCGCCGGCUGCAAACGUUGCCAAACCGACUCCGCAGCCUGCACCUACUCCCGCACGGGCGUCAUCCGUCGGCACCGCAAACGAAAGCACGAUGCCCUCUCCGACGAUACCAACAACAACAACAACAAAAACACCACGACCACACCACCCAGCAACAGAUCCAAUCCGGACGUCAACAAAAGCACCGAUCACCAAAGUCUCCAAUCCCACCUAACCCUCGACAUCGACGGAACCACCGACCGCCUCCACCAUCUCGCCGGUGACUCUUCGGAUCAGAACUCGCUCACCGCGUUGACGUCUCUGUCUGACGCCUGCGCGGCAGUCUGGCACGACGCCGCGGGCCCGGACGUAAGCGUGAAGAAAUUCUUCCCCUUCGAAGACCGCGCGGUGGCGUGGACGGAGACAUUCGAGUCGACGCUAAACCGAGGACAUCCCCUUUUCCAACCCGCUCCUCCGGAAGUGCUGGAACGUCUGAAAGCGGCAAAGCCGCAGGAGGUGAAGGAUCGCGCGUGGUUGGUCAUGUUCUACAGUAUCGUCAUGAGCAUGGUCUCCUCCACCGACCCGGGGAAUGAAGAUGUCAAGGCGAAAUUACGGUGUAACCUCUGGCUCGCGCUGAACGACGUGCGAACGCUGCUGGAACCGAGCGAGACGAACAUCCAGGCAUUGACGUUACUGUCGAGUCACGUGGAGGAAUUCACGACGCCGUCCCUCUGCUGGAUGCUCGCGACAACCGCGUGCCGCAUGCUGCAAGCGCUCGGCAUCACCCACCGACGGCUGGACGAACGGACCCGGAAGCGACGCACGAUGAUGUUCUGGCAUCUCAAUAUCCUCGACAAAGGCCUCGCGCUCGUGUUCGGACGCCCGCCCGUCUUUCAUCGCGCGAUGGGGAGGGAGAUUCCGUUGCCGAGACUCGAUGAAUUGGUGGCGUUUAAGCCGCAUUCGACGUUUCAAGGCACGCCGGUGUUGUUCGGGGCGCAUUUCUUGCAUCGCAUCAUGGGGUUGUCGCGGCUGCUCGGCGAUUUCUGGUAUGUGCUUUAUGAUGCGGAGACGAGGGAGGAGGGGAUUGACGAGGCGUGUGAGGAGCUGGAGGGGUGGUACGGGGAGAGUAUGGAGGUGCUCGAGGCGGCCGCGAAGGCCGAGAAACCGAUCCUAGACGCGCAAGGUGUUGCAUCGAUUGAUCUGGGUCUUCGCAGCCUCCGGUUUCAGAUCGAUUAUAUUCGUGUUUUACUCACUCGGUCUUCGGCGAGACUGAGGGGCCAAUGCAUCGAGGCUUCCAAGCGGAUGUUGAAUAAACUAGAUGAGCUGGUCUCCGACUCCGAAGAACCCUUCAACGGCAUCGUGUGGCAAUUGGUGUGCUGCCCGUUCACGCCGUUGUUGGUGUGCUUUGGGGAAGUCAUCUCGAGCAGUCAGGGAGUCUCCAACGACAAUCAAGCAAUUCUACAGGCGAUGGAGCGUCUUCCUCCCUUUCUGAAGAAAAUGAGCGUCCGCAACUCGCUCGCCGCGAAACUCGAGCGCAUCGCCGAAGUCAUUGUCAAGCACGCGCGGUCGGUGGUUCGGGAGAGACCAAGCGGCGGUGGCGGUGCUGCCGGAGAGAUAGGCAUACCAACACCGCAGUCUCUGUCUCUGUCUCAUCAGGACGAUGCAUUGUUGGCCGCACCUUACCUUUCCACGGAAGAUGCUGCGUUGUGGGAUACGCUGCUGAAUUCGCAAUCACUUGACAGCGGCGAUUUGAGCGCUCAGGCCGGGUUCGGCUUUAACACGAAUGACUUCCUGGGAGACGCGAUGUUUGAUUGGAUUGGGUGGGAUAGUCAGUUAUAG